CUAAGUCAUCAUCAUAACCUGCUUCUUAUUCUGUGUAUAAAUAUCUGCAUCCUUCCUCCCCCUAAAACGUAUCCCAAACCCGCCAUUGAUUAGUUAAUAUUCUACGUACUUAGAUCGAUCAUCUUUGAGAGAGUAAUCAGACAAGGGAAGGGCAGAAAAGUAAAAUGGCCGCUGCCCCUAAAACUGCAGCUUUGCAGCUCCAUGGAACGGUUGAAGGGGGUGAAGUUGGGAAGAACUUCGACGACGACGGAAGGCAGAAAAGAACUGGGACUUUGGUGACGGCGAGCGCGCAUAUCAUAACGGCGGUGAUAGGGUCGGGAGUGCUGUCGCUGGCGUGGGCCAUAGCGCAGCUGGGAUGGGUGGUCGGCCCCGCCGUACUACUGGCGUUUUCUUUCAUCACCUACUUCACCUCCACCCUCCUCGCCGACUGUUACCGCUCUCCGGGCCCCGUCGAGGGCAAACGGAACUACACGUACAUGGACGUCGUCCGUUCUCAUUUGGGAGGGGUGAAGGUUACACUGUGUGGGCUAGCUCAGUAUGCUAAUCUCGUCGGAGUUACUGUUGGAUACACAAUUACCGCUUCCAUCAGCAUGGUGGCGGUGAAGAAGUCAAACUGUUAUCACAAGUUGGGGCACAAGGCUGAUUGCAGUAUAUCAAACUACCCAUUUAUGAUCAUUUUUGCCGUAAUCCAAAUAUUGCUGAGCCAAAUUCCCAACUUCCACGAGCUCUCAUGGCUAUCUAUCCUGGCCGCUGUUAUGUCCUUCGCUUAUUCCACCAUUGGUCUCGGCCUCUCCGUAGCCAAAAUCAUAGGUGAUGGGCGUCAUGGCCACCACCAUCCAAAGACUAGCUUAACCGGAGUGGUGGUGGGGGUGGAUGUGACCGGGGCAGAGAAGGUGUGGAGAAGCUUCCAAGCCAUUGGCGAUAUCGCUUUUGCAUACGCCUACUCUACCGUCCUCAUCGAGAUCCAGGAUACAUUGAGAUCACACCCACCAGAGAACAAGGUAAUGAAGAAAGCAUCAUUUGCUGGAGUGACCACGACCACCUUGUUCUAUGUUAUGUGUGGUUGCAUGGGCUAUGCUGCAUUUGGAAACAAAGCCCCGGGCAACUUCCUCACCGGGUUUGGGUUCUAUGAGCCCUUCUGGUUGAUUGACUUCGCCAACGUUUGCAUCGCUAUUCAUCUCAUUGGAGCGUACCAGGUUUUUUGCCAACCGAUAUUCGGGUUUGUUGAGUCUCGGUGCCACCGAAGAUGGGGGACUAGCGGAUUCGUAAUGACUGAACAUUUAAUCAGGAUUCCGUUGUUGGGUACAUUCCCUUUAAAUUGGUUCAGGUUGGUGUGGAGGACGUCUUACGUGAUUGUCACCGCGCUGAUAGCGAUGAUAUUCCCCUUCUUCAAUGACUUCUUGGGCUUGAUCGGAGCAGCCUCGUUCUACCCAUUGACAGUCUACUUCCCCAUUGAGAUGUACAUAGCACAAACCAAGAUCCCCAAGUGGUCCUUCACAUGGGUUUGGCUGAAGAUACUCAGUUGGGCUUGUUUGGUUAUCUCCCUUAUGGCUGCGGCAGGCUCGAUUCAGGGCCUUGCUUCAGAUGUGAAGACAUAUAAACCUUUUAAGGCUCAAUGAUUUGGUCGAACUGUUGAAUAUAUAUGCAAUGUUUUCAAUAAAAAUGCGUGCAAAAUGGCCGGUUACAGUCAACAAUAUUAAUCAAGAUGCAAAGAAUCCCCUCAAACAAGCUAUUUGGAGAACAAUAUAAUGUUGCACUAUAACAGUCUGUGCAUAUUUUAGGUUUACUUAUCUAGCUAUAUGUACUGUGAAUUAAGAGCAUGUUGUAGCUAGCUAAUUAAACUUGUGCAAAGCAACAUUGUGUUCUCAUCUCUAUUUGAAAAAGGGACAUAUUGUUUAAUACUCAUAUUUAUUGUUAUCGAACAGACAACAAGCAGAGAUUUCCUUUUAAGUAAAUCAAAUUACCAAGUCAUGACUCAUACAC